CCGAGGCCCAUGUAUUGGUCCAUCUUAAUGCUUACAAGAUCUGCGUCAGCGCGAAGUUGUUGUUAUGCUGCGCUGAUCCUCUCCCAUGUCUUCUCUGCAUGUUCGUUUAUCCUAUGUUACAUACGAAGAACGGUCGACUGAAAGAGGUCAGGCGAAGUAGGCCUACUAACACCGUUAUCGAUCGGUGUCUAGAUGGCUGUAACAUUUAUGGCAGGAGACGAGUCACCUGAUUACAGUCAAUUCUGGGUUAGUAGUGCGAUAUCUGCACCCAUAAAUUACUCUUCGCUGCGUUUUUUAGUGUCGUUUCGCUGAGUCGCGGCCACUGACUGUGGCUGACCUGCAAGUAAACAAGCAUGAGUAACAUUUCGAGGCAGCACCAGACUGCCGCAGCGAUCCCUGUCUCCCCGGAUUCUCCUGGGUCACCUUUCUCCAUAUCCGCAAACCUCCUACGUCUUUUCAGCCACAUCAAAUAUGAGAAUUUGGCAGCCGGACUAAGCGGGGGAGUUAUCUCGACAAUGGUGCUCCAUCCCUUGGAUCUGGUGAAAAUACGCUUUGCAGUGAGUGACGGGUUGCAGAUGAGACCCCAGUAUGAUGGAAUGGUGCACUGCAUGAGAAGUAUCUGGCAGCUGGAGGGGAUUCGGGGUCUCUACCAAGGGGUGACCCCAAACAUCUGGGGUGCAGGGGCAUCCUGGGGCCUUUACUUCCUAUUUUACAACGCCAUCAAGGCAUACACCCAGGAGGGCCGGAAGGCUGAACUAAGCGCUUUUGAGUACCUGGUGUCCGCAGCAGAAGCAGGCAUGCUGACGCUUUGCCUGACCAAUCCAGUCUGGGUGACAAAGACCCGGCUGGUCCUGCAGUACAAUGCAGAUCCAUCCCGGAAGCAGUACAAGGGAAUGCUGGACGCCCUCGUGAAAAUAUAUCGUCACGAGGGUAUCCCAGGAUUAUACAGGGGGUUUUUGCCCGGUCUGGUGGGCACUUCCCAUUCUGCACUGCAAUUCAUGACCUAUGAGGGCCUGAAGAGAGACUACAACAAGUCAAGGAAGAUGCCCUCGGACGCCUUGCUGUCUCCGCUUGAGUACAUUGCCAUGGCAGCCAUCUCCAAAAUAUUUGCCGUAGCAGUAACUUACCCAUAUCAAGUGGUCCGAGCUCGCCUGCAAGACCAGCACAACAACUACAGUGGGCUUUCGGAUGUGAUGAGGAGGACAUGGAGUAAUGAAGGUGUGGAGGGUUUCUACAAAGGAAUGGUCCCCAACCUCGUCCGCGUCAUUCCAGCCUGCUGCAUCACCUUCCUGGUGUAUGAGAACGUAUCUCGCUUGCUGCUCGGAGAGUAUCAUUGAACCUCAAACAUACACACACACGCACACAUAGAGAGAGAGAUACCGACACACACACACACACACACACACACACACACACAGAGAGAGAGAUACGGACACACACACACACAUACACACACAGAGAUAUGUACACAUACACACACACACACACACAGAUAAGUACACACACAUAGACACACUCGCACCUCUGCACAGACACAGAAACACAAACACAUGCCUCAGGAACACUGGACCAACAGGACGGAGCUGACAGUCCACAAGCAGGGCAGUAAUGCCUGUAUGUUUUCCAAGUGGCCCCCAAGAAGACUAAAAUGCACAAAACCUCUGGGGGGGGGGGGGGGUGCAACAUAAUGUUUCACUGGAGGUUGAAGACAGCACACCACCUCAGUCUCUGAUGAGAGACAACCUGAACUGUAGCUGUUGCUGGUUAGUGACUAGAGUAGAGUAGAGUAGCACCAAGUGGAAAACAAAAUAGGUUCCAUGUGUGUUAAAGCUCUUGUUAUGAGUUGUUGUAGAAGGUUACACAAUGCUGAGGAAAGAGGGAUUGGGGGCGGCAACAGCCAUAUUAUGCGGAAGUGUCAUUUUUAACUGUCACAACUCUUGUGCAAACCCUGUUGUGAAAACAACCGUGAUGAUGUUUAGACACCUCUGUCGUUGUCAUCGUUUGUCUUUUUUUUUUUUUUUAACCACGUGCUGACCUUUUUCACCGGGUGGAAAACUAAAGCCCGUGUCGGAGGGAGCGUCACUCCAGACUGUUGUGUUUGAAGCACUUGAGAGAGGGGGGUGGGGUGAACUCAUUUACCCGAUCAUGCUUUACAGAGGAGAUGACAUCAGCAACUUUCCAGUGCUGAGUUUGCAGGGCUCAGACCGUCCAGCCUGGACGUCCCUUUAAGGAAAGACACACGGAGACUGGAGAGGAGAAAGAAAGUUGAAGAAAGAGGGAAAGAAAUAAAUAAAGACUGACUGAAAAAGAAUGUAUGUGUGUGAACCAAAGAUUAAGAGUCAGGAGGAGAACAAGUGUGAACGUUAUGUUUUGUGUGAUUUGAAAAGAAAGUGACUCUCUAAAAAGUACAUAGGAAACAUUCAUGGGAAAAGAGUGCAUCAUAUUUCUUCAUUGAGACUCAGUGUGAAUAUUAUUGCUUAUGACUUUUUUUCCAGUUAUCAGCCUACAGUAAAUCAGUGUGCUAUUUGUCCUUCUCACCACUAGGGUGCAGUCUUGUCCUUGGAUUGGAGAUGUUAAUGUGUAUAUAGACUUCGUGUGCACAAAUUAAAAGCCACUACGGCUUCCUCCCUUGUCUGUCUAAUUAAACAGAAGUUUGUGGUAAAAUUCUUGCCAGGAUAUAAAAAUAUCCCUCUAGUACUACAGUUUUUUUUAACAAUAAAGAAGUAUUAUAUGAAA